UCCUCCCGGGCCGGGCGGGAUGCCUCGGGGGUGAGCGGUCCGUCCAGGCCAGCGUGCGCCGGCUCCCCCGGGCUGCAAACUUGGCCGGCUGCAAGACAGGCAGGCAGGCAGGCAGGCAGGCACCGAGGCCGGCAUGGAGAAGUCCGACGAGAGCGUCCUGAGAGCCGGCAAGCUGCUGGCCGAGCUGGCUCUGUCCGAGGACGGGCUCGGCCGGCGGCGUCGGGGCGAGCAGGCGGCGUCGGGCCUGGAGCAGGACACUCGGGCCAAGAGGCAGCUCAACGGCGGCGGCGGCGGCGGCGGCUCGCUAGGUCCCCCGCCGCCUUACCCGGCGCUGCCGUCGGGGGAGGCUGCCGCGCUGGCGCUGCGCUCGCUGAACGGCGGCGGCGGCUGCGAGGACGGCCCGUGCCCGCGCUCCGAGGUGGCGCUGCCCUGCUACAAGCGCUACUCGGCCGAGGGCUACCCGCGGGGCUCGACGUGCGUCGGCGGCGCCGAGGCGGGCGGCCGCUUCCCGGGCCCUCUGGCCAGCCCUCGGGGCAGCCUGGUGGCACCGGGCGGCGUCGAGGCGGCGCUGAGCCCGCGCUCCAGCUACGCCAGCACGGCCAGCGACACCAGCAAGCACUCCAGCCCCCGCGCCAGCCUCACCGGCUCGUCCGACGGCGGCGGCGGCGGCGGCGGCAGCAAGCCCAGCAGCAACCGCACCAGCGGCAUCAGCAUGGGCUACGACCAGCGCCACAGCAGCCCGCGCUCCUCGUCGUCCGGCACCGGCGAGCUGGAGGCGGCGGCGGCGGCGGGGACCUCUCGGCACGGGCCCGCGGUGUCGUCGGGGGGCGGCGGCGGCGGCGGCGCGUCCCUGGCCAGCCCCCGCUCCAGCAUCUCCAGCCACAGCUCGCGCUCCUCGCGCAGCUCCCGCGGCUCGACGGGCGCCUACCCGGAGCUGCAGCUGCCCUCGCCCAGGGCGUCGAUGCUGCCCGAGGAGAGCCUGAUGCUGCUCUUGCCGCCCCCCGAGCAAGCGCCCCCGGACGCCUACCCGCGGUUGCACGCCCAGACGCCGGCGGCCCCCGGCCCCGAGCCCGUCGCCGUGCCCUACGGCUCCAAGGGGGCGGCCGCCAAGUUCCUGAUCCCGUACCAGGUCACGCCGUCGAGGGUGAGCGGGCCCAGCCCGGCGGAGAGGCGGCUGGAGGCGCUCACCUUGGAGCUGGAGAAAGAGCUGGAGAUGCACAUUGCAAAAAAGGAUUUUGGCAUUUGUAUCAAGUGUGGAAAGGGGGUCUAUGGGGCCAGCCAAGCUUGCCAAGCAAUGGGGAACCUUUAUCACACCAACUGCUUUACAUGCUGCUCUUGUGGGAGAAGAUUACGAGGGAAAGCCUUCUACAAUGUCAAUGGAAAAGUCUACUGUGAAGAAGACUUCCUAUAUUCAGGUUUCCAACAAACGGCAGACAAGUGCUUCAUUUGUGGACACCUCAUAAUGGAAAUGAUCCUUCAGGCUCUUGGGAAGUCGUACCAUCCGGGCUGUUUCCGCUGUGUGGUGUGUAACGAAUGUCUGGACGGCGUUCCUUUUACUGUAGAUGUGGAGAAUAAUAUUUACUGUGUCAAAGACUAUCACACGGUUUUUGCGCCUAAGUGUGCUUCCUGUAACCAGCCAAUAUUACCAGCACAGGGUUCCGAAGAGACCAUCCGGGUGGUGUCAAUGGACAGAGAUUACCAUGUGGAAUGUUACCACUGUGAGGUCUGUGGGCUGCAGCUCAAUGACGAAGAAGGCCGCCGAUGCUAUCCUUUGGAGGGACACCUGCUUUGCCACACCUGUCACAUCCGGCGCCUUGGCCUUAAAGUGCCACCUCCCCCACUUCCAGGGUAUCCGAUGCACAUCCCAGAAUUCUGAGCCCUGUCCAGAAGGAUGCUCCCCUGGGGGAGGAGCUCGACACUUACAACUUUUCCCUUUUUUUAAAAAAAAAAAAGACGAAGCAGAUGAGUUAUUUAUUACAUCAAAGACAGAGAAGAGGAGAGCGCCUCUCUAAGGGUACUGUCUGCGUGCAGGCCUGAGGAUGCAUCCAUGUUCCAUUUACUUAAAUAAUUCCUCGUCAGACUCUGGGUACUUGAAAAGAAAAAGGAACAAAAGGUGCACCACUCAGAUGUGAAUGUAAAACAUUUUUGAAUGCUGCAGUACAAAAAGGGCCACCUUUGACCUUGGGACUGGGAUGAUUUGGGUCCCAACAGAGCAUCUUUACCCCUUUAAGCAGAGCAGCAAGCAAGGCAAGAGGAGUGCUGGCCCAGGCCUUGUUUUGCAGCCCGGACUAAGGAAUUAAAAACCUACCCUUGCUGUCAAGGAGGCUGAGAGGCUUUGCUGGAAGUUGAGUUACUCCGUUUAUAAUGGCUUUCCAAUUCACACAUGGUUUUAAAAGAAGGAAGGUAUUCUGUACUGUUUUUCUACCUAGGGUCGAUUCCGCACAGCAUAAUUAUACUGGGUUACAUUUGGGUAUUUUAAAAACCGCGUCAGUUUUAUCCUGGUUUCUCCCUUCGCAUGGGUGCCUGUUUCCAUGAAGGAAUCGAGUUAAGACCAGGAGGAAAUACUCCGAUUUGUUUUGCACAAGCCCAGGUUUUUUGUAUUUACACCGCAAGCGGCCCAAGCGCGCAUCUUCCUAGCUACACGCUCUGAGCAACCAGUACAUGUGCAGAAAAGAAAACAGGGACAUUUUUGAGACUAGACUCCUGAUUAACUCCUAAUUAACCCAAGCAAAAUGGCACUUGAUCAAUACCAUGAGCAGAAAACGAGCUUGGGGGAACAUUUCAGGAAGGGCGGGCUGCCACGCCGGCUGGCAGCUCAGCAAAGAUGAAACUGACAUGACAUUAGGUGGGGAGAUCAGGUGGGGUUAGGAAAAUAAACCAGUUUUGCUCCCGUGGUGUUUGCACAGAAGCAGACUCAAUGCAGGGUCUUGUAAAAAGAUCGCGAUUUUAGCGGUUUUUGAAAAACGGGAUAAGGGAAAUAUCGCGGGACUAACCCACUUUAGGACUGGGUUCUGUUCCAACUUCUUGGCCGAACCGGGAUAUUUCCCUGCCUCAGCCCAGGAUAUUUGGACCGUGCGGAAUUGACCUAUGUAGUUUUAUUUCCCUGUGUUCCCACACCUUUCCAUCAAUAGAGAUAUGGAGUGCUUGUUGUAUAGUAAGGAUGGUACACAUGUGGCUACAAAAUGUAUCCUUUCAGGCUUCCAACACAUAAAAGUUACAUCAGAGGAAUUCUAGGAUGCAUGGGACCACCCCCCGCCCCCUGCCCCUACACACGAAGGAAAAGAAAAGAAGUUCCAGUGGCAGGACAGAGGUGGCAGAUGGCUGAGGCUGCCACUCCACGUAGGAGAUCACUGGUGACUCACAGCUGCUUUAGCUGGCUGUCGCGAUGAGUGCAGUGACUUAGGAUAGCCUGUCUGGGAGCUGAGAUGUUGCAGAGCAAUGUUCAUUUGCUGAUUGCAGAUCCAGUGCUUAAUAGAGAGGUGGUAACGGAAAGAUGUCCCGAGGCAAGGCAGUACUUUGCAACUUUGCCUGGUGCUGUUUGUGGUGUCUGUCGGGCAUCCGCCCUAGCAACGUGACUUUUGCCGUCUGGCUGUCACUGCAUCCUAUUCAGCAGUAGGUGAUUGGCUACUCAUUCCCAAGUAAUGGCCGUAGUUUGUCAGAUGCAAAUAGAGCAAAGUCCCAUCACCCCUUCUGUUCAGAUAUGAAGUUGGGAGGGGUGUUGCAAAUAUGAAGGUCAGUUGGAGUCAGAAUGCAGUGAUACAAUGCAAUGGCACAAAGCAAAACAGUAAGGGCUGUUUGACAGUGGAAUUGCUGUCUCAAAGUGUGGUGAGGAGCAGCAGUGGCGUAGUGGUUAAGAGCAGGUGUACUCUAAUCUGGAGAAACCGAGUUUGAUUCCCCGCUC